AUGCUCGAGGACGCUGUUAUCAGCAACUGGGAUAUGCUUAUGCCAGACAGAGUUGGUUCCCAGUGGAGGAUAAAUGAUUGGAUAAAUGGUUGGUGCCUUGUUAAACAGAAGCCACUGAGAGAGCUGGGCCGGUUGUGCCUGAGUACGGGUGAGCAGAGCAACGACGUGGUCGCGGAAGUUUGCACAGAGGCCCGUGGCGGACUUCCUCUGCUGCAAGUAUGGCCGAGCGAUUCACCAAGGGGCGAGGCCGAUGGACAGGCACAGGCAUUCGUGUUCCCGGAUGUCCAGGAGAACGUGAACGACAGUGGCAUCGAGUCCAUACAGGCGUCGCCGUCUCCGUGCGGAGUAGCCAGCACUAGCCCGGCAACCACGCCUCAGCAGUCCCGACGCGCCAGUCUACUCCAUCCGGACCACGCUCGACUGCAGCUGCACCAUUUGCAUCACAAUCACCUCAACUCCGGGGUUAAGAGUCCACCGACGCCAGACAGGACCUCCAUCGACGAGGAACCACCGCUUCCGCCCAGUCCCUCGAGUUCCACCACCAGCAGUCUACGCUCCAUGCCCAGCUCGGUGAAUGCCCAGAUGCACUCGCAAGACAGGAGGCGCAGCAGCAGGUACAGCAUGUUCGACGCUCUGGACCUGGAAUACGCUCUGCUGAGGGCAGCAGCCCGUGGUUCCGUGGGUCCCUACUCGUUAUCGGAGUCUCUGCACAAGCUAACCUUCACUCAGAGCUUGGCAUUCCCGGCGUUGGCCAGAGGUCUGGCCUCUAAGCAGAGUGUGCCUACCAGGAGGCCGCAGCAGCACACGGAAAGCGGACUGAACGCGUUCGCGAAGGUGGUGACAGCUCUGGUAUUGGUCCUGGUCAGCGUGCUGGUGUUCGGUGUGGUGUACAAGUUCGUGAGGACGUGA